UGCGGCGCACGCGGCCGCAGCGCCACCAGAACGCGCGCGGCUUCAGGAACGACAAGUACGACAGCAGCGCCCGGCGGAAGAAAAUAAAUGCUAAGCUUCAUGAUGGAGUGUGUCAGCAUUGCAAAGGUAUCUUGGAGUGGCGAGUAAAGUUCAGCAAGUACAAACUACUAUCAAAACCUAAAAAAUGUGUGAAGUGCCUACAGAAAACUGUGAAAGAUCCUUACCAUAUUAUUUGUCGACCGUGUGCUGGUAAACUAGAAAUUUGUGCUAAAUGUGGAAAACAAGAAGAAAUUGUUAUUCCGAUUGAUAAAGGACAAGACAGAACUGAGAGUGAGGCUACAAAAAAUGGCCAGGAGAGCAGUGGACUGGACAAGGAGCUGGAUUUUGAUACAAACUGCAUUAGUACAAGCAGUGGUGAAGAUUCUGAUGUGCUGGAAGAGCAAUUUAAAAGUAUGAAUUUUGAAAGAACAGAGAUCUAA